UCUUCUCUCUUUCAUUGUUAACAGUACCGUUACAACUGUUUUUUUCUUACCUGAAUUAUAGCAGUGUAUGUUCUAUAGAGACUUUCCUAAAGGGUGUAUAAAUGUUGGACCAUACUAAGAACAUAGUCAGGCUGUCUGCCAUUUUGGGUUUGUAUUCUUACAGCUACACCUGUGCAAGUAGCACCUGUAGACAACAUGCAAUCUGAAAACGAUCUAACGGAGGAUCAGGUUGAAGAGUUUACGAAAGCCUUCAAAGAGUUCAGUGAAAACGAUGACGAAACUAUACCAAACGAGAAGUUGGGAGCUGUGUUGACGAAACUAAAGCUGGAGCUACCAGAUGAUGAGCUCAAGGACAUGAUCAGUGAAGCGGAUCCUGAUGGGAAGGGCAAGAUUGACCUUCCUCGGUUUCUGAGCGUGAUGUCAAAUAAGCUCAACGAGGAGGAGGAAGAAGAAGAGGAGGAUGAGGAGGAUGAAGAUAGUGAGGAGGAAUACAAAGCUACCUUCCGACUCUUUGACAAGGAUGGCGAUGGUUCCAUCAGCGCGACAGAAGUCAGGGCGUUCCUUGUAAAUAUGGGGGAGACUUGGACUGAAGAAGAAAUUGACGAUAUGAUCAACGAGGCCGAUGCUGAUGGGAACGGAGAGGUCGACUACGAAGAAUUUGUAAAGAUGAUGAAGGGAAAGUGAGUUCAAGAGGAUAAAGAAUAUAAACUCUGUGCUACUGAAGGUCAUGUGGGUCUAGAUAAAUCCUGUAGAUGGUAGAUUCAUCAAAUGGAACAAGCCAGUAUAAGGACGCUAUGAUAUCCAUGACAUUUCACGUCUCUCAUGUGAUCUCAGCAUGUAUGAACGUCAUAAUAAACGCAUUGAAAUAAG